AUGACGACUCACCUGGAUAAAGCACUGAAGCAUCUGUCCAUUGAGGAAGAAGACGAACCUUUUGUUCUUCCAGAUAGGCCGGAGUUCUAUGCGACAGAGAGGAAUGAGCUGAGUUUAAUAGGGCGUCUCCUCAACCCUAGGUGUCAAAGGAUGUCGGAUCUAAUCCUUGACAUGCCCCGCAAGUGGAAGCUGUACAAUAGGGUGAGAGGAGUUGCUCUGUCUAACGAAAGGUUCCAGUUUAUCUUUAAGUAUGAGCAGGAUCUUCUUGAUGUUCUAAGCAAGGUCCAUACAAGUAGCAACUGGUCGAUUGUCCUGGAGAGGUGGACUGAGAAACCACCGGCUGACUAUCUGCAGUAUCUACGGGUUUGGGUACAGAUGAGAAACAUACCGGUGAACCACUACACGCCGGGAACGAUUAUGGCGAUGGGAGAAUUUGCGGGUCAAGUUAUUGACGUGCCCUAUGAUCCAGAAAAGGCCCAGAUCAAAGACUAUGUGAGAGUGUUUGUGAAGUUUGAUGUCUCGAAGCCUUUGAGAAGGUCGAAGAGACUUACUCUUCCUGGCGGGGAGGUAGUAAACAUACUGUAUGACUAUGAAAGGCUGCAAAAAAGAUGUUACACUUGCCAGAGGUUAACUCACGAACAAUCUGUGUGUCCAUGGGUUAGCAAAGACAAGGAAGUACAAACGAAGGGGUCCUGUUCUUCGGCAGAAAGUAAGAAUACGGAAGUUCUGCUGACCUUGGAGGAGACAGAUCCUCUUCAUGGAGUUAUUGAGAGCAAGCAUCUGGGCUUGGAUCCUGUCUCUGGUCGACCGAAGAUUGCGAAGGAGGUUCUGGAUGGAAUGAGACAAUACCUCUUAGCAGCAGAUGGUCAGGAGAAACAGGCGAGAGAAGAAAGAGUGAAAAAAUCCCUGGAAGAUCUUGAUGAUGAUAUUAUUGGUCAGAAAGUUUAUCUUAGGUUGGAGCAGGUCCCAACGCUAUCAUCGAACUUAGAUAAAGGAAAAGGAACUGUCUUUGACUUCAGUGCGCAGGCAACACCAAAUCCAGCACAAGGGAAGCUAAUGGCCAGUGCCAUAGUGGCUGGCUCUAAAACUCUGCAAUCGGGGAAAAUUCUUUCCUUACCUCCAACUAUACAGGGGCCUGGAGGAUCUUCUCAGUCAGAAUUUUUGAUGGAAAGUUCAACGGGUUAUAGUAUUGGUAUCUCUGAUACUAGCAUUUCCGGGACUACUCCAAAGAAAGCUAAACAGAGAAAGAGACCGGGUACCUAUACGAGGAAAGCAGCUGGAAAGAGGGUGGCUAAGGUACCGACCGAUGGAGAGAAAAUGGUGGGUGAAGGGAUAAUUUCAGAUGGAAAGAGGAAAGCACAAGAAGAUGUCGAGCCAUCUCAAAGCUCUGCAAGGUUUAAGAAACCAUUGGUGGUCCCAAAUGAGGGACCGUCCAGUAUCUAA